AGGUUUGCCUCCUUAGGCAUUCCCCACUACAGAUCUCCAUUCUGUCUUUUUGGGCCAUCUCCUCAUCAGCAGCUGUCCUCAUCCUAGGAUUUCUCUCCGAUCCCCAUGGCUCCAGCAUCCAGCCACCGUGGGCACCAAUGGAUUUGCAACCUUGUUCGAGGGUCCCACCUGCUUCUGCUGCUGGUGGUGUCAAAUCUAAUCUUGUGCCAGGGUCAGGAGAACUAUCCACCAUACUGUCAAAACCAACCUGGCAACUGCCAGAUUCCCCUUCAAAGCCUGUUUAACAGAGCAACAACGGUGGCUAACAACAACUUUAAGCUCACCGGGGAAGUGUUCAACAAAUUUGAUGAACAGUAUGGCCAGGGCAUAAACUCCGAAUCCAAGGUCAUCAACAACUGCCACACUUCAUCCAUCACCACCCCUAAUAACAAAGCAGAAGCUAUAAAUACAGAGGACAAAAUCCUGUUUAGGUUGAUUAUCAGUUUGCUACACUCGUGGGAUGAACCUCUGCAUCAUGCAGUCACAGAGCUGCAGAACUUGAAAGGAGCCUCACCUACUCUCUUGAUAAAGGCUGAAGAGAUUAAGGACAAGGCCAAAGUACUUCUAGAAGGUGUGGAAGUGAUACAAAAAAGGAUUCAUCCUGGAGAGAAGAACGAGCCCUAUCCAGUGUGGUCAGAACAGUCCUCCCUGACGGCACAGGAUGAGAAUGUGCGCCAAGUUGCUUUUUAUAGACUGUUCCACUGCCUAUACAAGGAUUCAAGUAAAAUUAACACCUACCUGCAUAUACUUAAGUGCCGAUUGACCUCAUGCCAAGCCCAGAAUUAA